CCUCCACCUCUCCUCCGGAUGCAACGCUCUUCUCCUGCCAGGACGCGAGGGUCUCCAUUUCCAUUUCUGCGGCGGGGCGGCGGGCAGCGGCGGCGGCGAGGGAAGCAAAUUAAGGCCUCCUUCGUUUCUGGGCGGAUUGGCCUAUUCCUAACCCGUUCCGGGUGGAAUGCAACUGGGAAUAACCGGACCUCCUACCGGCUCCUGGAAGAAGAGGCGGAUGAGUCGAGCAGCAGAGGCAAGAAGAGGUGGCGCGGGGCAGCGUGGAGCGACCACGGAGCGGCGCGGGGCGACUGCGGGGCGGCGCCCUUCCCCAUCCUCGUUCUUCUCGCCGGUGAUUCACUCAACUAAUCAUCAGGAGUGGUGAUAUCGAGAGUUUCAAGUUCAUCGAGAGAGCUUGGAAGCUCAUCUUUACUAGUGCUGCUAAAGAGAAGGAUGGCCACUAUGGAGACAAGAGAGGCUCAGUCAGAACGUUACAGUUCCUUGAGAUUUCUGCUCAUUUAUACUUAUUAGAUGAUCUCCUUUGUCAUUUUUUUCUAGGGUGAUAGUAGUAGUAUAUACCAACGGCACAUGAAUCAAUGUAGAGGCUUCACAAUUCAGAUAUCUUCAAGAGAAAGCUUGAUGACUGCAAUGGAAACGAUGAGAAGCAAAAGAAGUCAGAUUGAAAUUGAGGCUCAGGCUCUUUUUUUCUCCUACAUUUCCUGAAUCUAGGGAAAAUGGUAUAGGAGGAUAUGCAUGCAUUUGUAGUAAGCUAUGCAGCUACAGGUGAAACUGAAAUGAAGCUGUAGCAGUUUGCAGUUUCAAAAUUCAGAUGGGUUUGAAUUAGAUUUUUUUUUUGGAUGGUUCGAAAUAGUAGAUCUUUGGUAUAGCCAGCUUAUUACACUA